GAGUCAGCAGGGAAGAUUUUGCUUGUUUUCCUGGUGCUGGUAGCAGGGAACUCACUGGCUUUCCCAGUGAGAAGGAGCUUUGAAGCUGUGAGUAUUCAACGGAUGGCCCCUGCUGAACCGUGAUGUUUUUGAAUGCAGAAACUGCACGAUUUCGAUUUCUCCUGUCGUUUGGAGCAUCAGACCCAAACUGUCCACCCCACCCUAUCCCUGUCCCUCUCUCUUCUCCGCUCCCACCUAUCAUUCAAACAAGCUUCUCUCGUCUCGAGCAGCUCAUCGAUGGCUCUCUCAACACCACCAGUGUGCCCGGAAUCUCUGCCAGUCUGGUGUACAUGGGCUCUGAGAUUUGGAGUAAGGGAUUUGGAGUAAAGAGCAAGACGGGGCCAUCUACUCCUCCAGAUCAUCACACAAUCUUUAGGAUUGGGAGCGUCUCAAAAGUUUUUGCUGCCCUAGUGAUGUACCAGUUGUAUGACAGAGGUCUGGUGAAGUCACUGGAUGACCCUCUCUCUGACUACUGCCCUCGGUUCUCCAUGCUUAACCCCUUCAACUCCAGGAACAUCACUCUCCGCCAGAUUGCUUCACAGAUGUCAGGUCUCCCAAGGGAGGCACCCUGCGUGGAACCUGCUGCACGUGAGGUCAGAGAUGGAGUGAACAUUUGUCCCCUCACCACUGAUGAGAUACUGGCCAGUCUGAGUAAUGAGUCUCUCAUAUUCCCAACCUGGACUGUACCCUCUUACAGUAAUCUUGGUUUUGCAUUGCUCGGUCAAUGUCUGGUUGAGGGUGUGUUCCCUGGGAUGACUUAUGAGGACUAUGUCAUCAAGAACAUACUCCAGCCACUCCAACUCACCAACACAGGCUUCAACAUCACUGACAAUGUGAAGUCCAAGAUGGCGGUUGGCUAUGAGCCGGAUGGAUCUGUCGCUCCACUCUAUGACCUUGGUUGGGAGAGUCCAGCUGGUCAGAUGUUCUCCACCACUGCUGACCUCAACACCCUGGCAGCUUUCUUCACCAGUGCUGAUGGGGAGAAUGGCAGUAGUCCUGUCCAUCCUGAGGUGCUUUCCGGAGACUUGCGCAGAGAGAUACAGCUGCAGGUGUAUGUGAACAGAGACCAGCGGACUGGGUUUGGGACUCCCUGGGAGAUCCGGUUCCAGGCCAACUACACUGUCCUCAGAAAGGGAGGGAACAUCGAUGGAUAUUCUGCACUUUUCUCUUACAUCCCCGAACUCAAGUUGGAGUUGGAGGUGAGGAGUGAAAAGAAUCAGCUGCUGCUGGAUGGAAGUGGUGGGGCUGCUGUCCUGGCCUACAAGGAGCCUCUGAGAUUCCAGAUCUCCUUCCCAGACAACUUGCAGCCAUGCUUGGCUGCAGAGCUACUGGCUGAGAGGAGGGCAUUUGUGGUAUUCCAGCCACCUACCACCUCCUCCCUCUGCCCAGGGUUUACCAUCCCUGGAUCCUUUCCUGGGAGGGUGUAUGACUUUCCACUGCCUACGGUCCCUGACACUUUCGGAGCCGAGAGAGUUGAAAUGGAGCCAAACUGUCCUCCCCACCCCUUCCCAGUCCCCCUCCCUGAUCCCCUGCCUCCCGUCAUCCAGACUGCCCUCUCUAGACUGGAGAACCAGAUCAAGGCCACCAUCAACACCGACACUGUGGCCCUAGUGAUGUACCAGUUGUAUGACAGAGGUCUGGUCAAGUCACUGGAUGACCCUCUCUCUGACUACUGCCCUCGUUUCUCCAUGCUUAACCCCUUCAACUCCAGGAACAUCACUCUCCGUCAGAUUGCUUCACAGAUGUCUGGCCUACCAAGAGAGGCUCCGUGUACAGGUGUCGUCACUGAGGACGGAACCAUCAACGCCUGUCCUCAAACCACCGAUGAGAUACUGGACAGGCUACAGGAUGUAUCCCUAAUGUUCCCGACCUGGACCAUCCCUUCAUACAGUAAUCUAGGUUUCAGCUUGCUGGGUCACUGUCUGGUGGGGCACUUCUUCCCCAGUAUGACAUAUGAGGAGUAUGUAUUUCAGAACAUGCUGGAGCCGUUGGAGCUCACUAACACCGGCUUCAACAUGACUGAAAGUGUAGUGGAGAAGAUGGCAGUGGGCUAUUGGAUACCAGCAGUAGGUGGGCAGGGGUCUGAGGAGGCCCCUCUAAUUGACCUGGGCUGGAUUGGCCCCACAGGCCAGAUGUACUCUACCACUGCUGACCUCAACAAAAUGGUCGCUUUCUUCACUAGCGCAAACGGAGAAGAGGGUAGUGAUCCAGUCCAUCCUGAGGUGAUGUCAGGAGACACACGCAGAGAGAUGCAACUGCAGGUGUAUGUGAACAGAGACCAGCGGACUGGGUUUGGGACUCCCUGGGAGAUCAGGUUCCAGGCCAACUACACUGUCCUCAGAAAGGGAGGGAACGUGCCUGGACAUUCCUCCAUCAUGUCCUUUGUUCCAGAGCUCCAGUUGGGUCUAAACAUGUUGUGGUCUGGUGCUUAUGAUGAGUUUGGUGCUUCCAACGAGGCAUACGACUACCUCAUACCGGCGUUUGUGGAGUACCUCAUGACCGUCCAGCCACCCUACCCUUACCCACCUGAUCCCGAGGUGUACGAGGGUGUGUAUGAUUUUGGACCAUUUGAGGCACAGGUCCGGACGUCACGGAACAGACUCCUUUUGCGCAGCCCCUUUGUUACCUUUGGUGGGAGUCUUAUUCUGGCCUACAAGGAACCACUUAGAUUCCAGAUGGUCUACCCAGACCAUCUCCAGAUGUGUCUGAUAGCACAGCUAGUGAGCAGGAGGAAGGCAUUUGUGGUGUUUGAGCCACCUGUCAACUCCACCUCCCCCAGUCCCGGAUUCUCCAUCCCCGGGGCCUUCCCUGGCUGGUUCUUCCAGCGGAGGCCGUGACCCAGAGUGUCGCAAUAGACAGACUGUGACAGCCACAUCAGUACCACGCAUUGUUUGAUACGUCAUGCUUUGAUAUUGAUUGAGUGAUUACAACAG